CUUUUCCUAAUUUCACGGUCCUGGGAUAAAUCAUGAAAUGCAGUAACAAAAAUGGCCUGUAAUGGUAAACAUGUAAAGUAAAAAAAGGCUUUUGAGGUUACAGAAAACCUGUGAUAAAUGUUUUGUUGCUUAUUUUUAAUUAAUUGUCAGAGUCUUUUCAGUCUCUUCAGGAUCCCAUUUCUCCUUGAAAACUGGAGGAACGUGCUUAGUGCCAAGGAUGUCCAUCUCACGUUUCCCUGGAAUUCUCUUGGAGAAAACCUUCCAGCCCACCUCCUGCCUGUCUGAACUGUGCUCAGAGGGGGCUCCAGGAGGAUGAACCAGCCUUGGGUUUGGAGCUCGGGCAGCACUGCCUGGGAGGCAGCUCCUCACAGGAACUCCUUUACAGAGCACACCGAACGCACAGCGCCCAUGCAGGGCGGAGAAGCGCCCCUAACACCCCUCCCGUGCGGGCACCGAGUGCCACCCGGGGCCGAGCUGCGGGGUGGCACUUGCCUCCUUCUGUCCCCUUUUGGGGCUCGGUCGGAGGGGCCCGUGCUGAGAGCCAUGCGGGGCUGAGCGGGCACCCAGCGGCUGCCGCGCACCCCGGGGGCGCUGCAGCAUCCCCCGCCGCUCCUGCCCUCCUCCUGCCGCUCUCCUCCUCCUCCUCCUCCCCCCGGAAAGCAGCCCGGCCCACCGCCGCCGGAACAAAAGGGGCGGCCGAAGGUGGCGGCGUGGCCGCGCCCGCUGCUCCCGCCGCUCCGCCACCAUGUCCGCCAGCGGCGGCAGCUCCCCCGGCAAUGCCGUGAAGAAGCGGAGCCCCGCCGGCUCGGCCGCCUCGCUGGCGCAGGAGGACGAGAAGCAGGCGAGGGAGAAGAUGCUGGAAGGGGCGCAGGAAAACGGCUGUGCCCGCUCGCCAUCGCCCUGCGGCUCGGCGGAGGGGGUGACCCUGAAGCGGAACAUCACCCUGCUGAACGGCGUGGCCAUCAUCGUGGGCACCAUCAUCGGCUCCGGCAUCUUCGUCACCCCCACGGGCGUGCUGCGGGAGGCCGGCUCGCCGGGGCUCUCGCUCGUGGUCUGGGCCGUGUGCGGCGCCUUCUCCAUCGUGGGCGCUCUGUGCUACGCCGAGCUCGGCACCACCAUCACCAAGUCCGGCGGGGACUACGCCUACAUGCUGGAGGUGUACGGCUCCCUGCCCGCCUUCCUCAAGCUCUGGAUAGAGCUGCUCAUCAUCCGGCCCUCCUCGCAGUACAUCGUGGCUCUGGUGUUCGCCACCUACCUGCUCAAGCCCAUCUUCCCCACCUGCCCCGUGCCCGACGAGGCUGCCAAGCUGGUGGCCUGUCUGUGUGUCCUGCUGCUGACAGCUGUGAACUGCUACAGUGUCAAAGCUGCCACCCGUGUGCAGGACGCCUUUGCUGCGGCCAAGCUGCUGGCGCUGGCUCUCAUCAUCAUCCUGGGCUUCGUGCAGCUGGCAAAGGGUGACGUGGAAAACCUGACCCCUGAGAAAUCCUUCGAGGGCACCAAGGUGGGCGUUGGGAACAUCGUGCUGGCUCUGUACAGUGGCCUCUUUGCCUAUGGAGGAUGGAAUUACUUGAAUUUUGUGACAGAAGAGAUGAUAAAUCCCUACAGAAACCUGCCCCUGGCUAUCAUCAUCUCCCUGCCUGUCGUCACGCUGGUGUAUGUGCUGACCAACUUGGCUUACUUCACCACGCUGAGCACCGAGCAGAUGCUGACGUCCGAGGCCGUGGCUGUGGAUUUUGGGAACUACCACCUCGGUGUCAUGUCCUGGAUCAUCCCUGUCUUUGUUGGGCUCUCGUGCUUUGGGUCUGUCAAUGGAUCUCUUUUCACUUCUUCCCGGCUGUUCUUCGUGGGAUCCCGAGAGGGGCACCUGCCUUCCAUCCUGUCCAUGAUCCACCCCCGGCUGCUCACCCCCGUCCCAUCCCUCGUGUUCACGUGUGUCAUGACCCUGCUCUAUGCCUUCUCCAACAACAUCUUCUCAGUCAUCAACUUCUUCAGCUUCUUCAACUGGCUGUGUGUGGCCCUGGCCAUCAUCGGGAUGAUGUGGCUGCGCUACAAGAAGCCGGAGCUGGAGAGGCCCAUCAAGGUGAACAUCUGCCUGCCCAUCUUCUUCAUCCUGGCCUGCCUGUUCCUCAUCGCCGUUUCCUUCUGGAUGACGCCCAAGGAAUGUGGGAUCGGCUUUGCCAUCAUCCUCAGUGGGAUCCCCAUUUACUUCUUCGGGGUCUGGUGGCAAAACAAGCCCAAGUGGGUUCUCCAAGGCAUCUUCUCCACCACCGUGCUGUGCCAGAAGCUGAUGGAAGUGGUUCCUCAGGAAUCCUAGGCAGGAAAAGCAGGGACUCUGAGCUCGAGGAAACGCACAACGUUAUUCUGAGAUGACACAAGGAUCCCACCCCUCACUCCCCAGUCCCAGGCACCGGAGCUGCCUCCUGCUGCCACCACUGCCCCGAGGCUCUGCUCACCUCCUGCAGCCCCUCCAGCCCCUCCCAGCCCUGCAGAGCAGCCAGAAGUCCUUGGUACGAGCCAGGAGGAGGAAUUCCAAAGGGCACUUCCAGGGGGGUGCUGCCAGUGCCCUCUGUGUGUGUGUGAGGGCUGUGCCAGGCUCUGGGGGGCUCCUUUGCUUUGGCUCUGGGAUCUGCUGGAGCCUGGUUUGAGUGUUCAGAGUGCCUGGGGAGGGCUGGGGCUGCCACAGAGCCCUGGGAGGGUUCUGAGCUGCCUUACCUGGCCUGGGUGGGGGUGGGAAGCAGAGGUUGGCUGGUGUUGUCUCACUCCCCCAAACCCACACCCCCAUGUGCUGCUGGACACUGGACAUGGGGGGGCCUCAUGUGAGUGUCACUGUGCUCCUCACUCGGGCCCCUGCCACCCUUUGGGUUUGGAUCACCACUCUCAGAUCCAAGCCAGCUCCCUGCUGCUGAGCCAGUCCUCCAGGAUGCUCUUCCCCACAGUGCCCAUCCCUGGGAAUGAGCACUGAGGGGGGAGUUCCUGCUGGGAAACCCAGGAGCUGCAGUCAGCUGAGGCCAAGUCCUUGGCUUGCUCAUUCCAUGCUUUUCUGUGCCAGGCUUUCAUCCAGCAUGGGAUGAGCAGCUCUGUGCUCUCUCUCCUCAUGGCCCUGCUCAGGGAGCCAUGUUUGCCCCUAAACCAUCAGCAGAGAGAAAUAAAGGGUGGGGAUUGCCCUGGCACAUUC